AUACUCCAGUCUGGUUCUAUACAGUAUACGUGGUGCGCGUAUUUUCUUUAUAUUACCAAUCGAUAAAAAACCGAAACAAAAACAUUGUCAAGUGCUGCGGUAAUCGGAGUCUCAAAAUAUUGAGUCGAUAAUUUAUAUUUAUUCAAAAUAUCUCUGUGAAAAAAUAAACAAUUUCCUACGCAAAGAAAAUCAAUCUAAUUAAAAGUGAAAUAGUUGUGAUAAAUCAAGGCGUGGGAGUCUGGUAAAUCCUCGGCAAGUUUGGUGUUGAUCGUCACAGCCGAGUUCGACGUCGGCCAUUUCCCGUCAUCUUUCAUACCGAGAAAUACGUUUCCAAACAUUGAAUUUUUUUUUAUUUUAUAAAUUACGAUCUAAGUAAACUAGACCAUGCUUAGUCUAAAUGAGCAGCCACCAGGGCCCUUGUGGCUGAAAAGUCCACCGGUAUCAUUUAAUAUAUAUUCGUCGACGAAUCCUGACAUGGUUGCAGUAUUCUAUUUUCCUCUUAAAGACGCAUAUUCUGAUUCGUAUAAAGAUAAUAAUCUUGAAACAUUUAAAAAGCAAUUAGUGGAUUUGAAAAUUCUUAAGGGUGAAGUAAAAUCAAUGGACUACAUUGAUGACGAAGAUGAUGUAAUUCGUAUUGAUUCUGAACACGAAUUCAUGGAAGCACUUAAAUUCGCUCGAGCGUAUAAAGAGAAAACUGGCCAGAGUGUUUUUCUGCUGAUUGAUGAAAAAUCAGAGGAAGAGGUCACCGAAAGCGCCAUGAUUCCUAGUGACGAUGACCCAGCAGAAUCGAUUGUAGAAGAAGUUAUGGGUACCCGCAAGAUAACUCACGAUAAAUCAAAGAGGAAAGGUUUUGCUGUGGGAAGUGGGUUGAAGGCUAGAAGCUUGAAGGAAAAGAGGAGAUACAAAUCAGCCAAAGUUGAUGAUAAAUUGGAACCAAGUGCUUGCUGCCAAAAAUAUUUAGAAAAGUUUAAGCAAGAAAUAGUUGCUGAAGUGACGAAAAAUGUAAUGAAGAAAGUAGCCAGUGCUUUUAAUAUAGCAGAUCUUGAUGUCGAUGCUGCCAAAGAAACGCCAGAGGAAGAAACAUGCCACCAACCGGAUGCUGGACAAUCCUGCUCCAUCUCCGACACCAAGACACAAGCAAAGCACAUUGAGAAUAUUGUUGAUUCACCAAAGAAAAGAGCUGAUAUCCUCAGCGAGGCUUUUCAUCUAGAAUCGAAGGCCGCUUUGCUCCGACUGUCUGUUGAACCGAGAGCAGGUCGUCCAAUAACUUAUGCAGAAACAGCGGCUAAGGAUAAAACACUUGAUCGAGAGUAUUCCAUUCACAAGGUACCAAAUUAUCCCCAUCAUCCAGCUUCCUACGGGCCAAACCCACUAGGACGUUAUUUCCCGUCACUUCCCAUGGUCCCGCCAUUCUAUUCAUCAUAUAAUCCAAUGCCAUAUAUACGUCCGGGAAGCAUCAUGGGACCUUCAGGACUACCCCCCUUUCCAAGUCUUAACAGCGCCCAGUAUUUAAAUGACUAUAUGAAACAGUACGCACCGAUAUGCCGUCCAUCACCCCAUGCUUCAGUUCCUGCUCCCGCGCCAGCUCUCGCACCAGCACCAGCUCCAGCUCCAGCUCCAGCUUCACCUUCAGCUGAAGAAAAGAAUGGUGACAGCCAGAAAAAGAAACCUAAGAUAACAGAUUACGUGGUACUAAAUCGUGAUGAUUUAACAGAAGAACAAAAGAAUUUACUUGAACAGGCUAAAAAAAUUAAGUUUAAGAAGUCAAAUGCACUGGAAAUAAAGUCAACGAUUAAAAAAAUGACAACACCUUCUCCGAAAAAAUCAAGCUCUUCAAAAAUUAAAAACAAGAAUAAAAUGGAAAAAGAGUUGAUGAUGAACGUUAAGAAAAUGUACAACAUUAAAAUAGACGAUCAAGUCCAAAAGACGAGCGGAUGCAAAAGGAAAUCCCGGUCAACUGACGAAAUUCUCAAUCUAUGGGCAACUAGGUGUUCAUUGUUGAAUCAUGUACCCGGUACAGAAAAAUUUAAUCCGGAGAGAGCGCUCAAUUCGAACUUAGAAAACCUGGGAAUUUACGCUUGGCCGCCAUCAGACUCAGUUAAAGGCGAAGACAGGGAGGCUAAAGUUGUAAAGGAUGCUGUCGAGGACAAAGAGAUUGAAGACAAUGAUGAAAAAAAUUUUGAUCAGGAUGAACAGUCCUCCAGUGACGACGCCAGUACGCUUUCAGAAACAAGUAAUUUGUCUAUACCCAGUGAAACUAAUAAUUUUGAGCUCGUCUAUUAUGAUAAAGACACCAAUGACUUUGGUAUUAAAGAUGAUAAACCCGAUUAUGUGGAAUUUAUGAAAAAGUAUUCUCCGGCAGUCUUUAUGUCAGCUGGCCUAGGCUGGCCAGCCACUCAGUCUGGAAAUAAAAUCAAAGAAGUGGAAAACGAGGCUAGUACUGGGUCAGGCUCAAAACCUCUAAAACAAUCUGAUGAACCUAAAAAAGAAGUACGUUUCGAAGUAGAGGUCGAAGACAUUGGACCGGAUGAGUCUGAAGAAUUGAUCCCUGAAUUAAAUAAACGUUCUGGUGGUGGUUAUUCGUUUGUAAGCGAGACGUUACCUAAAGCUGAAGAAAGUAUUACAGAAAGCACAGCUAGUGCUGAUGAAAAAAAUACUGAGAAAGAAAAGAGCAGCCAACAAUCCCAAGAGCAAUCUCAGCAGAGCUCAGAAUUUAAUCAUCAACGUAAUUUAUGUCCUUCUCUUAGUCAGCUCAAUGCAGGGUCUAGCUGCGAGACACAGUAUCCAGAAAAACCUACCACUGGAACCAAAAGUAAAUCAGAAAAAAAAUCUAAAGAUAAAGAGAGUCAACAAAAGCGCCCAAGUUACUCAGAAACAGUUCCAAAUGUAUCAGCUCACUGCUUCGUUAUGAAAUCAUCAGCCGAAAAUGUUCAAGCAUCAAAACUGUUGAAGGCCGACGAAAAAUUAAAGAAAGCAGAAAAACAGUUGAAGGAGUACCAGAAAAAAUGUAAAGAAGCUGAAAAAAAGUCCAAGUCGGCCCAAGAUCAAUCGUCACGAAGCAAGACUGCUCGUGAUGAUUAUGUUAGAAGUAGUUUUUGUUACCCUGAAAUGCCAACCAACAAACCCGGUUAUCCGCCGCACCCUACAAAUGCUUGUUAUUCAAGCGCCAAAAGCAGUCCUAAGCACAAUUACCCAUAUGUAUGUGAACCUCCCAGAAACUUUUUUAGUCUCUAUGAUCCCGGCUUCGUCGAUCUUCCUCCAACUGCUAGCAAACCCAGACUCUCUUUUCCAGAUUACUCUGAACCAAUGCCUGUAGUGUUCCCACCACCUUCACCUUACCCACCAAACAUGCCACCAUUAACUUCCAAUACAAGACCGAAUCCACUCGGUCCCAGCGCUACUGAUCCUCCAACAAAUCUUGGGCAGGGAUUCUUUCCUCGUCCUCCACCUCCUUUCAAUCCUUGUCACAUACCCAGAAACGGCAUGAUGUACUCAAGAAAUCCAGGAAGCGAUUUUGAUCCCUCACAGUCAUUCCCCGAUACAAUCGCCCACGAAGCUGCAACUCAGGCUUUCGUCCAUGCUCGCCAAGCUGUCAGCAGUUACAUCAAAAAUCAGCUGAACAACAACAAACCUUAAGUCUACUGCAUUUACCUGAUGGGCUUUCCAUCUUUUUACGUUUGUUUUAUAUUUCUUUAAUAUAAUUACUGCAACAUAUAACAUUAUAAUAAAAAUUAUAAUCUAUAAUCUCUCUGAAAUUACUAUUUGUAAAAGUAUUUAAAUGUAGUAUUACAAUUACAUUAUCAUUUUAUGUCUACUUGAUAUCAAGUAAAUAUUAUCAUUUUUUAAUUUAGAUUAAUCUAAAUUUAACUGUAUCACGAUAUAUCUCAUAAAUGUAUGACUUUCUUUUAAAAUAAAGUACA